UUUAUUCCCCAAAUAAAAUGGAACCCCAGUCUUUUUUCCUCCCUUCCUGACGGCGCAUUCCUGCCGAAAGAACCGUAUAUAACCCUAUAAAUCCCAAAAUCGACUUCCGGCGGUCUGUCCACCGUCCUUCCGUCGCUCCUCGCCACAACCUCACUCCUGCUCGUGCUCGUGCCUGCUCCCUCGCCGUCUCCCUCUCGCUCUUUCCUCGUCUGGCCGGCGAGCUGCUGCUCCUCCCAGCCCUCCCAGUCGAAAUCGAUCUUCCCCUGCUCGACCCGAGCUGAGCUACUGCUGCCGUUGUUCCCUCUCCUCCCAGGCGGAUUGAGAUAAGAUGGGAAGAGCCAAGAAAGGCCCGAAAUUUGCCUCUAUGAAGAAAAUUAUCACGUCCAAAGCAAUUAAGAAUUACAAGGAGGAAGUUUUGAACCCUAACAAAAAGGACCUCAGCAAGGAAAAGCUCCCUAGAAAUGUGCCGAAUGUUCCUUCUGUCCUUUUCUUCAAAUACAACACUGCUUUGGGGCCACCUUACAGGGUUUUGGUGGAUACCAACUUCAUCAAUUUCUCCAUCCAGAACAAACUGGAUCUGGAGAAGGGAAUGAUGGGCUGCUUAUAUGCGAAAUGUACUCCUUGUAUCACGGACUGUGUGAUGGCAGAGCUGGAGAAGUUAGGAGAGAAAUACCGUGUAGCACUCAGAAUUGCGAAGGAUCCUCGAUUUGAAAGGUUGCCAUGCAUACACAAGGGAACCUAUGCUGAUGAUUGUCUUGUUGAAAGAGUUACACAGCACAAAUGCUACAUUGUUGCUACAUGCGAUCGAGAUCUGAAGCGUAGAAUUCGCAAGAUCCCGGGGGUGCCAAUCAUGUAUAUCACAAAGCACAAAUAUUCAAUCGAGAGGUUGCCAGAGGCUACACUUGGCGGAGCUCCACGGUUAUGAAAGUGUGUGGUGCUACCUCUGCAGAGAAACACUUGAGUUUUGCAGUCUCGUAAGUUCAAGUUCGUUGGGUGUCUAAAGCGAGAUCCCCUUUGUUACUAGACAAGUUUUGUUAGUAAGUUUCAUCUUCAGAGCUGGGAACUAGUUAGCAGAGUAGACUAAGAAAAUCUCUAUAUAAUGUCUCUAUACAUCAGAAUCUGUGAAUUCUGAAAGUUCGGAUUGUUUUCAAGUUGGUGUUCAUGCUUACCAGAAAAACAAAAUCAUGAAACUUUUUGGAGGAAGUUGUCAUAAAAUGUUAAGUUACUUGUUUAGUAAAUGACGCACAUUGACUCGCC